AUGGUUAAUGUCGGUGCUAUAAUUGGCGGUACAUUAUUAGGAUAUCUUUCUCAAAAGCGCGGUCGUAGAUAUAUGAUUAUUAUAUGCAUGCUUAUUGCAGGAGCAUUCUUACCUUUAGUUACAAUGGGUGCCUGGAGUAUUGUACCUGCUUAUUUGAUCGAAUUAUCACCACCAAAUUUUCGUGUAACAUUUUCGGGAUUGGCAUAUCAAUUAGGUGGCUUGAUUGCUGGCUCAUCAGUUCAAAUUGAAGCUGAACUAGGCAAAUCUUUUACUAAUAACGGAAAUCCUAAUUAUGG